ACCACCCUAGCCUGUGCCACCGCCACCUUCCCUUCGUAUCUACUAGCUCGCGCGCGCACUUCUUCACGGGCAGUGAAGCUCGACCGUCAGCCGUAGCAGCAGUAGCUAGCACCGCAGCAAAUUAAAAAGGAGGAGGCUUGCACGAAGCGCGGGGCGAUAAGAUGUGCGGCGGCGCGAUCAUCUCCGAGUUCAUCCCCCAGCGCGGCGCCCACGGCCGCGCGGCCGGUGGCGGUAAUAAGCGGGGCCUCUGCGCCGGGGACUUCUGGCUGCAGGCGGCCGCCGACCUCGACGACGUCCCAGCAGACCACGACCUCACCGGCGCCACGUUUCCGCCCGACCAAGAGCCGGCCCGGAAGCGGCAGCGCAAGACGAUGUACCGUGGCAUCCGGCGGCGGCCGUGGGGCAAGUGGGCGGCCGAGAUCCGCGACCCGGCCAAGGGCGCGCGCGUCUGGCUCGGCACCUUCGCCACCGCCGAGGCGGCAGCGCGCGCCUACGACCGCGCGGCGCGGCGUAUCCGCGGGUCCAAGGCCAAGGUCAACUUCCCCAACGAGGACCCGCCACCCGACCCCGACGCGGCGGCCCAGGGGAUGGCGGUGAUGGCCAGGGAGCUCACGGAUUACGACGCCGUCAUGGGCUUCUUCCACAACCAGCCGUACGUGCCCGACUGCAUGCCAAUCGCGGCGGCGCUGGAGGAGGCGCCCACGGUGGCGUACGUGCACCAGCAGCAGCUGCCGCAGCAACACGACGCGGGGAUGGAGCUGUGGACGUUUGAUAACAUCAACACGGCCGUGCCAAUGUGAUUGAUGAUGUGAUACCGUGUCCUGCUGCUUUACUGCCUACAUAUGUCGCAGGCUGUUGUUUCCAAUACGUUUUUCAAAUGUUUCGUUAGGUUUUGUACUUUGUAGGAGUAAUUUAUCUGCCGAUGUAACUAGCGUGUGGAACUCUUAGACGAUCGAUCGUUGUGGCCUUCCUCCUCUAGCGUGCAUCCAAUUCACGUGUAAAGAUGAAUUUCUCCGGGAAUAAAUUGCGAUGGGCGCACACUUCUUUUUGAAUCUUCAAA